AUGCCUCCCCAACAGCAACCUUUGAAUCAAAUGCCUCCCCAACAGCAACCUUUGAUUCAAAUGCCUCCACAACAGCAACCUUUGAAUCAAAUGCCUCCACAACAGCAACCUUUGAAUCAAAUGCCUCCCCAACAGCAGUCAUUGAUUCAAAUGCCUCCCCAACAGCAGUCAUUGAUUCAAAUGCCUCCACAACAGCAACCUUUGAUUCAAAUGCCUCCACAACAUCAGUCAUUGAAUCAAAUGCCUCCACAGCUGAGGCAGCAAAAUUCAUUGCAACCACAAAUCACUCAAAAUUCUCCACAAGAUCAACAAUUGUCCAGUCAAAUGCCUCCACAAUGGCAGCAGUUUAAUCAUACACCACAAGUGCCGCAAUUUAAUCAAAAUUUUCCAGCUCAGAAUAAUAUACUAAUACCUUCACAAAAUUAUCUUGAUCAAGGGUCUCAAUUGCAACAGAUUCAAAUGGUACUUCAACGGUUACUUAAUCAAAUACCAUCACAGCAAUAUUUUGGUCAAACACCUCAACAAAAUUUCCCUGAUCAAAUUUACCAAUUGCCACAAAUUCAAAUGAUGCUACAACAGAUACUUAAUCCGUACAUUGCUCAAAUGACUCCCCAACAGAUUUUGUGGCAAUUAAUUCAGAUGCUCACACCUUUUCAGAUUCAGUAA